AACGUUUUAAAAUGAUUUUUAAAAAUACCAAAUAUGUUCAAAUUACUCGGCGCCCUGCGUCGAUCUUGGUGUUCGGCUGCCAAAUCGGGUAUUGGGAACCCAGCAAGCUGUAUAUCAAGGAUUUGGUUUGGUCCCCUCCCCAAGGAUUCAAUUUGGAUUAAGCCAGGUCGCCUACACUAUCUUGAAAGUGAUGUGGAAAAGCAGGUGGACAUUAUAAAAACCAUCGAUGGUGUGGUGGUGCUGUUGUACAACAAAUCCCGUGAGAAACUGAUCUUUGUACGACAAUUUAGGGGAGCGGUUUACCAGGGAAUUUAUUCAGCUGGAAGUUCAGCCAUGGCCAAAGGAGAAGCUAAUCUGGAGAAGUUUCCUCCGGAAAUGGGAGUUACUUUGGAACUUUGUGGUGGGGCUGUUGACAAGGACAUAAGCUUAAAGGAAAUUGCCAAGAAGGAAGUUUUGGAAGAGUGUGGAUACGAAGUGCCCACGGAAUCCCUGCAGCAUGUAUUUGAUUAUAGAUCGGGUAUUGGAACGUCUAGCAGUGCUAUGACUUUAUAUUACUGCGAGGUGUGCGAUGGUCAGAAAGUCUCGGAAGGCGGUGGCGUUGAUGCGGAAAAUAUCCAGGUGUUGGAGAUGUCUGUAGAGGAAUCAAGGAAGUUGGUUCAAACAGGAGCCAGAACCAAUGGGGGGCCUUCCUGUUUGCUGGGGUUACUAUGGUUCUUUCUCUAUAAGGCUCCCAAGGUGACCACUCAGUAG